AUGGCUCUAGACAGCAAGCGGAAGGAGCUGCUGUUGGGAACGCUGAAGGAGCUUGGGGAGGACGAGUUCGAGGAAUUCAAGUUCUUUUCGGACCUGCUUCAAAGCGUACAAGAAAACCCCAGCCGGGUGAUCAUUGCUAACGCACUGGUGAAGAAGCAUGGCGUGAAUACUCUGGAGGAGACCAUCAAGAUUCUGGAAAAGAUUGGCAACAAGAACUUGGCCGAGAUGCUGCGUGGCAAUGUGCUGGAAAUAAAAGGCGCCGUCUUCUCCGUCCAUGAUGAUGAUCAGAUUGCCAGAUUGAAGGCGGACCUGCAAGACAACCUGCGGGAUUUAUACAGCUUUGUUCCCGAAGGCAACAUCGAGCGCUGGCAGCAGCAGCCUCUGGACGACGUCUACACGGAGCUGGACGUCACCUACGGGGCCGACGUCAGGCCCGACGAGCGACACGAGGUCCUUCAGAUGGAGACGCGUGCCGCCGCGGCCAAGAAGUCUAUCCUGCCGUGCGACAUCUUCAAAAGCCAUGACGAGCAGCCGCGACGGAUACGCACGCUGCUCACUGUCGGCUUCGCGGGAAUAGGGAAAACCUUCCUGGUUCAAAAGUUUGUGUGUGACUGGGCCAGCGGAAAUACCAACCAGGACGUGCACUUCAUAUUUCCCUUCACAUUCCGUGAGUUGAACACCGACAAAGGGAAAAGUUUUACGCUUGCUGAGCUUAUCCGUCGCUACGUCUGCGAUAGCAGACACAUAAGCGAGGAGACUCUGAACAUUAUAUUAGACGACCUGCAGAAGUCCGGGAAACAGUACUAUGAACGCAGCAGGAUCAAGAUCUUGUUUGUCUUGGACGGACUGGACGAGUGCAACUUUAAAAUGGACUUGAAGAAUCAGAUGAAAGUAGACAUGGAUGUGAAAAAACCCUACCCGCUGGAGGUGCUCCUGGCGCACCUCAUCAAGAGGAACCUGCUUCCUUGCUCCCGGGUUUGGAUCACCACGCGGCCCGCGACGGCCCGUGAUAUCCCCUCCGAGCUCAUUGACAGCAGAACAGAGGUGAGAGGAUUCAGUGAUUCCAUGAGGCUGGAGUACUUCAGGAAAAAGUUCCCAAAUGAGGAGCGUGUCAUUGAGCACAUCCGAAAAACUCGCACCAUCUUCAUCAUGUGCCACCUGCCCAUCUUCUGCUGGCUCACCGCCACAGUUCUUCAGGAUCAUUUGGACAAAGGGAACGAGGGAGCACUUCCCACAGAGAGAGAGCUUCCCACAACGCUGACAGACAUAUGCUCAGAGUAUGCUUUUAACCAGCUGGACAAGUCCAAGGAGCGACAGACGACCGAGUACGCCGAUUACGUGAAAGCGCUAGCAAAGCUGGCGUUUGACCACACCAUGAGUAAGCAACAGAUCUUCUACGAGAAAGACCUGGCGAAAAGCGGAUUUGAUUACAGCCAAGCCGCAAAACACUCCGGAAUAUUCACCGAGGUGUUUAAGGAGGUCCGUCCGCUCAGAAGAAACCAACAGGGCAAGAUGUUUCAGUUCGUCCAUCUGACCAUCCAGGAGUAUCUAGCCGCAUUCCACGUGAUGAUUUGCCUCUUUCACGACAAUAAGAACAUACUGGCUGAUUCAGAGCAGGCACCGGGACGUGUCUUCCAAGAAGAAGAAGAAAAAUCAGAAGUAUUAGAAGAAACAGAAUCAGAAGAAGAUACAGAAGAUGAAGGUGAUUGGAAAAUCACUGAGGUUCACCGGUCAGCUCUUCAGAAAGCCUCAGAGAGUGAAGGACACCUGGACAUGUUUGUCCGCUUCCUCCUUGGCCUUUCCUUGCCGUGCAACCAGGAAAUAGUGGGGGAACUGCUGAAGGCUCCUCAGGACUGCAGGCAAAGCAAGUCAAAGACAGUCAAGUUGAUCAAGGAGAGGAUAAAACGGAGCACCCCAGAGAAGAACAUCAACUUGUUCUACUGCUUAAACGAGCUGAAAGACAACUCUUUGCUGAUGCAGUUUCAGAAGAAAAAUACUUCAGACGAUAUUGACUUGGACAACAUGCCAAAUGACAUGUGGUCAGCCUUUGCCUUCUUCUUACUUGCAGACGACAAAACCAUGAAGAGCUUUUGCCUGAGGAUUUACAACCCAUCGCCUUUGGGGCUCCAGAAGCUGUUGGUGGUGGUCAAGGCGUCUGAAAAAUCAGAUCUAAGCUCUUGUUACCUGGACAAAGACAGCUGUCACCUGCUGGUUUCCGUUCUCAGCUCUCCAUCCAACCUGAGGCAUCUGGACCUGAGCAAGAACGAUCUCUCAGACGAGGGUGUUGAGAUCCUCUCGAAAGGACUGAUCAGCCCAAACUGCAUCUUAGAAUCCCUUUUUCUAAGAUUGUGUCGCCUGGAAAAACGCAGCUGUCACCUGAUGGCUUCUCUUCUCAGCUCUCCAUCCAACCUGAGGCAUCUGAAUCUGAGCUGGAACGCUCUGUCGGAUGAAGGGGUGGAGAUCCUCUCAAAAGGACUGGCCAGUCCACACUGCAAAUUAGAGUCCCUCACUCUAAGUCACUGUCUGCUGGACAAAAGCAGCUGUCACCUGAUGGCUUCCCUUCUCAGCUCUCCAUCCAACCUGAGGCAUCUGGACCUGGGCGGGAACAAUCUGUCGUACGAAGGGGUCGCGAUCCUCUCGAAAGGACUGGACAGUCCACACUGCAAAUUAGAGUCCCUCAAUCUGAAUGAAUGUCGCCUGGACAAAGGCAGCUGUCACCUGCUGGCUUCCGUUCUCAGCUCUCCAUCCAACCUGAAGCAUCUGGACCUGUCCCAGAAUGAUCUGUUGGACGAAGGGGUGGAGAUCCUCUCGAAAGGACUGGCCAGCCCAAACUGCAUCCUAGAAGAGCUCACUCUAUCUAGUUGUAACCUGGAAAAAGGCAGCUGUGACCCGCUGGCUUCCUUUCUCAGCUCUCCAUCCAACCUGAUGCUUCUGGACCUGAGCGGGAACAAUCUGUCAGAUGAAGGGGUGGAGAUCCUCUCGAGAGGACUGGCCAGUCCAAACUGCAUCUUAGAGUCCCUCAAGCUGAUAUAUUGCAAGAUCACGGAUAAAGGAUGUGUUUUUUUGGCCGAGCCGCUCAAGUUAAACACCUCCCAUCUUAAACAGCUGUACCUGUGGGGCAAUCCAAUAGGUGAAGAAGGAAAGAGGGUCUUAUCGGAUGUCGAAAAGGAUCCCAGCAAUCGCCUGAAGACUGUCGGGCGGGCUUGUGAAGAGCACCGGAGUAGGGUGGAAGUCUGGACACAAUUGAGAACCACAGACAAGAGCGUGUGGCUGCCCGAGCACAGACACUCAUCGGCCGGCAACCAUGAUUUAGUUCAGUCCUACGUACCGUCUGACGACCUCAAGAGCACCGGGUGUCGGCGCUACGGGCAAAAGCGGCCUUGCUCACCUAACUUGAGGAGGUUCACCCACUGGCAUCGGGUGUUUUGCUGCUACUGGGAGGUGGAGUUCAAGGGAAAGGUCUACCAUGCUGCCACCAAACUGCCAGGAGUCCUAACUGCACUGCACGACACAUCCAUCAAGGCGAGCGUGCUGACCACUAAGCCAAAAGCCCAAGCUAGCAGCUUCAGCUGCCAGCGCACGCUCUUGAAGGAAUCAGGAGGGAGGUUACACGCGGGCACGAGUCCUGACCUGGACCAGGAAGACAGAUCACAUCAUACCCGAUCAACGGUCAUCUCGCUCAAGCGUUUACAAGGUGGACGGAUGCCUCUGGACACCGAGCGUAAGGUGCUGCUGUUGAAAACGCUGAUGGCGCUGGGGGACGACAACUUCCACUUUUUCGAGCUUCCGAUGUUUUCCGAGUCUUCUGCGGCCGCGUGGUUCGCUAACGCGGAGGAGCAGUUCGUCCUCCGUGGUGUUUCCGACGACACCAUGCGCUUCUACCACGUGGUGGCCGCGCUCGGGUACUCUACGGCGGUUAGACCACAGCGCUUCGUGGUCUAUCCGCCGAAGGUGGGCAAGUACACGGGGCUCAAGGCGCACCUCCUCAGACUUUUUGAACCGUCGUACAAAUCGACUUCAAUGGCGCCCAAAAGGCCCGCCACGAAAGCCCGACUGCCCGAGGUUCACGCCUGCGUUGGUGGCCCUUCCGCCCCGUUUCCUCGCAGACGUCCUCCCGUCCCAGUACCCACGCCACCGCCGCGCGCUUCCACUCUGGCUCUUCCCGACGCCGACGUUGCUGUCUCGCCUCCGGCCCCGCUCUCGCUCGCCUCGGCUCUCUGUCGACGCCGCUGCGCCCCACCUGCGCCUUUGGAAGUCUCCGAGGUCACCCCUCUCCCGGCGCCGCUGGACGCCGCUGUCUCUGACCUGGCCCCUGUGCCUCCGGGUGUCUCCGAGGUCAGUCCUCAGCCUACGCCGCUGGCCAUCGCCGCUAGCCCCGCUGCUGUUCCGGCGCCUCAGGAAGUCUCCGAGGUUGCACAUCGGCCAGCGCCAGCGAACGUCGUCCCCGACGUCUCUCCUCGUCCGCCGCCUUUGGACAACGAUGGCGUCGCUCCGGUUUCGGCGUUUCCCCCGCUCCUGCUACGACCGGUCGACUUGGUUCGUCUCGCCUGUCGCCCUUGUCCACGGCCGGGCGACUCUGACCGCCACGCCGGUCGCCCUCGUCUCCGGCCUCAUCCAGUCCAUUCCGACCGCCGCGCCCGUCACCCUCGUUUGCUGCCUCGACUGGGUGGUGCUGCUCGUCGCACGUCUCGACCUCUUCCUCGACCGCUGCUGAGCACCUCGUGCCGCCUCUCUCGGCGUCCGCUUCUCCAGCCUCGCCUGCGCGGUGCUGCACGGCGCGCUCCUCGUCACGGGCGUCCUCCAGACCGUUCUGCUCGAACGUCCCGCUUCUGGCGUCCUGGACGGCCGCCUGAUCGUCGCGUUCCGUUGCCCGCUGCCUGGCAUCCUGGGCGUCCUCCAGACUGUUCUGCUUGGGCGUCCCGCAUCUGGCAUCCUGGACGGCCUCCUGACUGUCCGAUCGGUCGUCUUCCACAGUCGCCCAGGCUGCGCAACCCUUCCGUUCCACGAGAAAAGGGUGCUCCGCCCCCUCCAACCAGUGACGCCACUCCUCCAAAGCUGUCUUCACGGCCAGAUGGCCCCAACACCUUCAUUAGAAGCAUCAACCUCCACCACAAACUGUCGGAGGGGAUCAGGCAUGUUCAGUAUGGGUGCUGUGGUGAAAUGGGUCUUGAGGGUCUGGAAGGCGGUCUGUGUCUCAGGGGUCCACGAGAACCGCACCUGCGGAGAAGUGAGAGCAUGGAGGGGAGCCGCUAUUGCGCUGAAGCCUCGGAUAAACCGCCUGUAGAAGUUAGCAAAUCCCAGGAUUUGCUGGAGCUUCUUGGGGCUAUCGGGGGUUGGCCAGUUAACCACAGCGCUGAUUUUAGCCGGAUCCAUCUGAACCCUUCCAGGGGCUACGAUAAAGCCCAGGAAGGAGAUGGAAGGAUGGCUCUGGACAGCAAGCAGAAGGAGCUGCUGUUGAAAACGCUGCAGGAGCUUGGGGAGGAAGAGUUCAAGGAAUUCACGUACUACACUGAUCUUCCUAAAUGCGUACGUGAAAAGCCCGACCAUGUGUACAUUGCUGAAGAGCUGGUGAUGAAGCACGGCGAGAAUACUCUAGAGGAGACCAUCAAGAUCCUGGAAAAGAUGAGUAACAAGAACUUGGCCGAGAGGCUGCGUCACAACAUGCUGGAAAUAAAAGGCGCAGUCUUCUCUGCCCAUGAUGAUGAUCAGAUUGCCACAUUGAAGGCGGACCUGCAGGACAACCUGCGGAGUUUAUACAGCUUUGUUCCCGAGUGCAACACCGAGCCCUGGAAGCAGCAGCAGCCUCUGGCGGAGGUCUACACGGAGCUGGACAUCACCUACGGGGCCGACGUCACGCCCGACGAUCGGCACGAGGUCCUUCAGAUGGAAACGCGUGCUGCCGCCGCCGCCAAGGAGUCUAUCCUGUCCUGCGACAUCUUCAAAAGCCCUGACGGGAAGCUGCGACCGAUACGCACACUCCUCACUGUUGGCUUCGCGGGCAUCGGAAAAACCUUCCUAGUUCAAAAAUUUGUGUGCGACUGGGCCAGCGGGAAUACCAACCAGGACGUGCACUUCAUAUUUCCCUUCACAUUCCGUGAGUUGAACACGGACAAAGGGAAAAGUUUUACGCUUGCUGAGCUUAUCUGUCGCUACGUCUGCGGGAGCAGACACAUCAGCGAGGAGACUCUGAACAUUAUAUUCGAUGACCUGCAGAAGUCCGGGAAACAGGACUAUGAAAGGAGCAGGAUCAAGAUCUUGUUCAUCUUGGACGGACUGGACGAGUGCAACUUUAAAAUGGACUUGAAGAAUCAGAUGAAAGUAGACAUGGAUGUGAAAAAGCCCUACCCACUGGAGGUGCUCCUGGCGCACCUCAUCAAAAGGAACCUGCUUCCUUGCUCCCGGAUUUGGAUCACCACGCGGCCCGCGACGGCCCGAGAUAUCCCGUCCGACCUUAUUGACAGCAGAACAGAGGUGAGAGGAUUCAGCGAUUCCAGGAGGCUGGAGUACUUCAGGAAAAAGUUCCCAAAUGAGGAGCGUGUCAUUGAGCACAUCCGAAAAACUCGCACCAUCUUCAUCAUGUGCCACCUGCCCAUCUUCUGCUGGCUCACCGCUACAGUUCUUCAGGAUCAUUUGGACGAAUGGAAGGAUGGAGAGCUUCCCACAACGCUGACAGACAUGUGCUCAGAGUAUCUGUUUAAUCAGCUGAAAAGGUCAGAGGAGAGAGAGACGACAGAGUACAUCCAUUACGUGAAAGCGCUAGCAAAGCUGGCGUUUGACCACACCAUGAGUAAGCAACAGAUCUUUUACGAGGAGGACCUGGCGAAAAGCGGAUUUGAUUACAGCCGAGCCGCAAAACACUCCGGAAUAUUCACCGAGGUGUUUAAGGAGGUCCGUCCGCUCAGAAAAAACCAACAGGGCAAGAUGUUUCAGUUCGUCCAUCUGACCAUCCAGGAGUAUUUGGGGUCAGCUCUCCAGAAAGCCUCGGAGAGUGAUGGAUACCUGGACAUGUUCCUCCGCUUCCUCCUUGGCCUUUCCUUGGCGUGCAACCAGAAACUAGUGGGGGAACUGCUGAAGGCUCCUCAGGACUGCAGGCAAAACAAGUCAAAGACAGUCAAGUUGAUCAAGGAGCGGAUAAAACGGAACACUCCAGAGAAGAACAUCAACUUGUUCUACUGCUUAAACGAGCUGAAGCACGACUCUUUGCUGAAGGAGUUUCAGAUAAAGAAAAAUCGCUCAUCCCUUAUUGACUGGGAGAAAAUGCCAAAUGACAUGUGGUCAGCCUUGGCCUUCUUUUUACUGACAGACGACGAAACCAUGAAGUCCUUUAAACUGCGGAAAUACGCCCCAUCGCCUUUGGGGCUCGAGAAGCUGGUGGUGGUGGUCAAGGCUUCUCAAAGAUCAGUUCUAAGAGAGUGUGGCCUGGACAAAGGCAGCUGUCACCUGCUGGCUUCCGUUCUCAGCUCUCCAUCCAACAUGAAGCAUCUGGACCUGUCCCAGAAUGAUCUGUCGGACGAAGGGGUGGAGAUCCUCUCGAAAGGACUGGCCAGCCCAAACUGCAUCUUAGAGUCCCUCGAUCUAGGCGCUUGUGACCUGGGCAAAGCCAGCUGUCACCCGCUGGCUUCCGUUCUCAGCUCUCCAUCCAACCUGAAGCAUCUGGACCUGUCCCAGAAUGAUCUGUCGAACGAAGGGGUGGAGAUCCUCUCAAAAGGACUGGCCAGCCCAAACUGCACCUUAGAAGAGCUCACUCUAUUCAAUUGUGACCUGGACAAAGGCAGCGGUCACCCGCUGGCUUCUGUUCUCAGCUCUCCAUCCAACCUGAAGAGUCUGAGUCUGAGCGGGAACAAUCUGUCGGACGAAGGGGUGGAGAUCCUCUCAAAAGGACUGGCCAGUCCACACUGCACCCUAGAAUCCCUCCGUCUAAUCAGAUGUGGCCUGAGCAAAAGCAGCUGUCACCUGCUGACUUCCGUUCCCAGCUCUCCAUCCAACCUGAGGCAUCUGUGCCUGAGCCUGAACGAUCUGUCGGAGGAAGGGGUGGAGAUCCUCUCAAAAGAACUGGGCAGCCCACGUUGCAACUUUGAAUCCCUCGAUCUAAGUGAUUGUGGCCUGGACAAAGAUAGCUGUCACCUGCUGGCUUCCGUUCUCAGCUCUCCAUCCAACCUGAAGCAUCUGGACCUGUCCGAGAACCAUCUGUCGUACGAAGGUGUGGAGAUCCUCUCGAAAGGACUGGCCAGCCCAAACUGCACCUUAGAAAAGCUCACUCUAAGUGAUUGUGACCUGGGCAAAGCCAGCUGUCACCCGCUGGCUUCCGUUCUCAGCUCUCCAUCCAACCUGAGGCAUCUGGACCUGAGCCUGAACGAUCUGUUGGACGAAGGUGUGCAGAUCCUGUGGAAAGGACUGGCCAGUCCAAACUGCAUCUUAGAGUCCCUCAGUCUACAUGGUUGUGACCUGAAAAAAGGCAGCUGUCACCCGCUGGCUUCCGUUCUCAGCUCUCCAUCCAACCUGAAGCAUCUGAACCUGACAUGUAACAAUGUGUCGGACGAAGGGGUGAAGAUCCUCUCGAAAGGACUGGCCAGUCCACACUGCAUCUUAGAGUCCCUCGACCUGGAAUGGUGCCAUAUCACCAAUGAAGGAUGCGUUUUUUUGGCCGAGGCGCUCAAAUUAAACCCCUCCCAUCUUGAAGAGCUUGACCUGAGGAACAAUCCAUUAGGUGAAAAAGGAAAGAGGUUCUUAUCGAACGUCCAAGAGGAUCCAAGCUAUCGCCUGCAGACUGUCAGAGGAAGAAGGAUGACUCUGGACAGCGGGCGGAAGGAGCUGCUGUGGAAAACGCUGAUGGAGCUGGGGGAAGACGACUUCAAGGCCUUCAAGUUCUUCACGGACCUGCCUCAAAGGGUACUUGACACCCCCAGCCAGGUGGACGUUGCUUACGAGAUGGUGAAGAAGCACGGCGAGAACGCUUUGGAGGAGACCAUCAAGAUUCUAAAGAGGAUCGGUAACAAUAACUUGGCUGAGAUGUUGCGUUGCAACGUGCUUGAAAUAAGAGGCACCGUCUUCUCAGUCCACGAUGACAAUGAUCAACUUGCCAGAUUGAAGGCAGACCUGCAAAGCAACCUGCAUAGUUUAUACAGCAUUGUUCCCGAGGGCAACACCGAGCGAUGGAAGCAGCAGCCUGUGGUGGAUGUCUACACGGAGCUGGAUGUCACCUACGGGGCCGACGUCAGUCCCGACGAACGGCACGAGGUCCUUCAGAUGGAGACUCGUGCCGCGGCGGCCAGGGAGUCUAUCUUGCCUUGUGACAUCUUCAAAAGCCCUGACGGGAAGCCGCGACCGAUACGCACGCUGCUCACAGUCGGCUUUGCGGGAAUUGGAAAAACCUUCCUGGUUCAAAAGUUUGUGUGCGACUGGGCCAGCGGGAAUACAAACCAGGACGUACACUUCAUAUUUCCCUUCACCUUCCGCGAGUUGAACACGGACAAAGGGAAAAGUUUUACGCUGGCCAAGCUCAUCCGACGCUACGUUUGCGAGAGUAGGCACAUGAGCGAGGAGACGCUGAACAAUAUAUUUGCCGAACUGCAGACGUCCGGGAAGCGGGACUACGAAAGCAGCAGGAUCAAGGAUCAUUUGGACAAAGGGAAGGUGGGAGAACUUCCCACAACGCUGACCGAAUUGUACUCAGAGCAUGCCUUUCGCCACCUUGACAAGAGCAAGGAGAGACAGACGACGGAGUAUGCCUGUGACGUGAAAGCGCUAGCAAAGCUGGCCUUUCACAACACCAUGAGUAAACGUCAGAUCUUCUAUGAGAAGGAUCUGGCGGACAGCGGCUUUGAUUACAACCAAGCCGCAAAACACUGCGGAAUAUUCACCGAGGUGUUCAGGGAGGUCCGUCCGCUCAGAAGAAACUUACAAGGCAAGAUGUUUCAGUUCAUCCAUCUGACCAUCCAGGAGUAUAUGGCCGCAUUCUACGUGAUGAUGAGCCUCUUCCACGACAACAAGAACGUACUGACUGAUUCAGAGCUGGAACCGGGAGGUGUUUUCCAAGAAGAAGAAAAAUCAGAAGAAUUAGAAGAAACAGAAUCAGAAGACGAAGAAACAGAAUCAGCAGAAGAAGAAAAAGAAGAUGAAGGUUCUUGGAAAAUCACUGAGGUCCUAAGGUCAGCUCUCCAAAAAGCCUCGGAGAGUGAAGGAAACCUGGACUUGUUCCUUCGCUUCCUCGUUGGUCUUUCCUUGCCGUGCAACCAGGAACUAGUGGGUGAACUGCUGAAGGCCCCUCAGUACUGCAGGCAAAGCAAGUCAAAAACAGUCAAGUUGAUCAAGGAAAGGAUCAAACGGAACACUCCAGAGAACAACAUCAACUUGUUCUACUGCUUAAACGAGCUGAAGGACGACUCCUUGCUGAAGCAGAUCCAGAAGGAAAUAGUCAUAAGUUUUCACUGGGAAGACAUGCCAAAUUAUAUGUGGUCAGCCCUGGCCUUCUUACUUACCAACGACGAAACCUUGAAGUCCAUUUACCUGUCGGAAUACGCCCAAUCACCUUUGGUGCUCGAGAAACUGUUGGUGGUUGUCAAGGCUUCUCAAAAAUUAGAGCUAGUCGAAUGUUACCUGGACAAACGCAGCUGUCACCUGCUGGCUUCCGUCCUCAGCUCUCCCUCCAACCUGAGGCAUCUGGACCUGAGUCUGAACGAUCUGUCGGACGAGGGGGUCGAGAUCCUCUCGAAAGGAUUGACCAGUCCUCACUACAUCUUACAAUUCCUGGGGCUACAAUGCUGCGGAAUGACGAAGCAAGGAUGCAUUUUGUUGGCGGAGUCUCUCAAGUUAAACCCCUCUCAUCUUCAAGAGCUGCACCUGAACUUCAACAAUCUGUCGGACGAGGGGGUCAAGAUCCUCUCGAAAGGACUGGCCAGUCCAUACUGCAUCUUACAAGUCCUCAAUCUGUCACAGUGUGGUAUCACGGGGCGAGGAUGCGUUUCUUUGGCUGAGCCUCUCAUGUUAAACCCCUCUCAACUUCAACAGCUUCACCUGAACUUCAACAAUCUGACGGACGAGGGCGUCGAGGCCCUCUCGAAAGGACUGGCAAGUCCACACUGCAUCUUGCAAGUCCUCGAGCUGUCAGAGUGCGGGAUCACGAAGCAAGGAUGCAUUUCAUUGGGGGAGGCUCUCAAGUUAAACCCCUCCCAUCUUCAAGAGCUGGACCUGUGCCGGAACCAUCUGUCGGACGAGGGGGUCAAGAUCAUCUCGGAAGGACUGGCCAGUCCACACUGCAGCUUAAAAGUCCUCCAGUAA